AUGUCUUAUGUUAUCCCUGGACCCCCGACUGCCUUCAAUGGCACCAAUGAAGAGCUUGGUGGUGACUCCACUACCGAGAACCUCAACCAAUGGUACCAAUCCGGCGACCAGGCAUUCAUCAUCCUCUCCGCCUGUCUCGUCCUUCUCAUGGUCCCUGGUAUCGCCUUCCUAUACUCUGGUCUUGCCCGAAGAAAAUCAGCCCUCUCCAUGCUCUGGGUUGUUAUGAUGUCCUUCUCCGUCAUCGUCUUCCAGUGGUACUUCUGGGGCUUCUCUCUCGCCUUCUCUACAACUUCCAACAACCCCUUCAUCGGUGAUCUAAAGCAUUUCGGUCUCAUGAAGGUCUGGGGUGCUCCCUCAGUCGGAUCUCCUCUUAUCCCUGCUCUGCUGUACUCUUUCUAUCAGAUGAUGUUCUGCGCUGUCACUGGCGCUCUUACAGUCGGUGCUGUCGCCGAGCGAGGCCGCGUUGUGCCAAGCAUGGUCUUCAUCUUCUUCUGGGCUACUCUUGUCUACUGCCCUCUCGCGUACUGGGUCUGGAACCCUAAUGGCUGGGGCUUCGUUAACGGCGUUCUCGACUACGCUGGUGGUGUACCCGUCGAAAUCGGCUCUGGCAUGUCCGCAUUCGCCUAUUCUUGGGUUCUGGGCCGCCGCAACGAGAAGAUGAUGAUGAACUUCCGUCCUCACAACAUUUCCCUCAUCACUCUCGGUACCAUGUUCCUCUGGUUCGGCUGGCUCGGCUUCAAUGGUGGCUCUUCUUUCGGUGCUAACCUCCGUGCUGUCAUGGCUUGUUGGAACUCGUGCCUCACUGCCAUGUUUGCUGCUAUGACUUGGUGCAUUCUCGAUUUCCGCCUGGCUCGCAAGUGGUCCAUGGUCGGCUGGUGCUCUGGCACUAUCUCUGGUCUUGUUGCUGCUACUCCUGCUUCCGGUUUCCUCGACCCUUGGGCCAGCAUCAUCCUGGGUGUUGUCGCUGGUGUCGCCUGUAACUUUGCCACAAAGGUCAAGUUCCUUGUUCGAAUUGACGACUCUCUCGAUGUCUUCGCCGAGCACGGUGUUGGUGGUAUGGUUGGCCUCAUCUUUAAUGCUUUCUUCGCCCGUGGCUCUAUCAUUGGCCUCGACGGUGUCAACACCGGUGUUAUGGGUGGCUUCAUGGAUGGCAACUACGUAAUCAUCGGCUGGCAAAUCGCUGCCAUUGUCGCUGCCUCCGCUUAUGCCUUCGUCAUGUCUGCCAUCAUUGCCAAGAUCAUCGACUUCAUUCCUGGAUUGAAGCUCCGUGCCUCUGAAGAGGCUGAGCUGCUUGGCAUGGAUGAUGAUCAGCACGGCGAGUUUUCUUACGACUACGUUGAGGUCCGCCGAGACUUCCUUGCUUGGAGCCCUCACCGUGGUGAGCCCGCUGAAGAUGGUGAUGUGCUUGAGCCUACUCAUGGCAUUCAGGAGCACCAGUCUAUGAUGAACCCAAGCGAAUCAGAUGACGUCCGCAAGACUCCUUCUCUUAACACACCCGAUGCUGUUGCACCCGAUGCGGUGAUUAACGAGAAGCAUGCUUAA